GACAGGCGACCGCGUUCAAGACGCCCAAUGAGCGCAGGGCGCUGUUAGAGUUGAAAAAGCCAGCGUCCGCCGGCGCCGUUUAUUCUGUUUCUCAUCUGUGAAGUGCAGAGCUCUCCGCCAUGGCAAGAACCAAGCAGACGGCCCGUAAAUCCACUGGUGGCAAGGCGCCCAGGAAGCAGCUCGCCACGAAGGCUGCCCGCAAGAGCGCCCCCGCUACUGGUGGCGUGAAGAAGCCUCACCGUUACAGGCCCGGCACCGUGGCUCUGAGGGAGAUCCGCCGUUAUCAGAAAUCUACUGAGCUGCUCAUCCGUAAGCUGCCCUUCCAGCGCCUGGUAAGAGAAAUCGCUCAGGACUUUAAGACAGAUUUGCGCUUCCAGAGUUCAGCUGUCAUGGCACUGCAGGAGGCGAGCGAGGCAUACUUGGUCGGCCUGUUCGAGGACACUAACCUGUGUGCCAUCCACGCCAAGAGAGUGACCAUCAUGCCCAAGGACAUUCAGCUGGCACGCCGUAUUCGCGGAGAGCGCGCUUAAACGCAGACUCCGUCUAACGCACACAAAGGCUCUUUUAAGAGCCACCUCACUGUCUCACAGAAACGAGCCCGUCUCCAUCCCCUCCACGGAA